AUGGACAACAGUGUUGUGUUGCUGCAAACCGUGCUGGUCCAGGUAGAGGACAAUCACGGACGAUGUCAUCUAGUACGUGCCUUGCUGGAUUCCGAAGCACAACUCAACAUCGUUACCGAGCGCCUUACUCAACAGCUGGGUGUGGCGAAACGCUGGCAGAUACCUCGUCAAGUUCAGCUAGCCGAUCCUUCGUUUCACAGUCUUGGCCCGAUCGACCUCAUCAUCGGCGCAGAGCUGUACUACGAAGUCGUUAAGGAAGGACUCAUCAAGCUAUCCCACGAAAGAGUGACACUACAAAACACUGCUUUCGGUUGGGUGAUAGCAGGUAGAGUCAAUGUACCAUCACCAUCUUCAUCCAUCGUGGGACACGUCUGCAGUAAUAGCAUCGAAGAGCAGCUGAGCAAAUUCUGGGAGCUGGAGUCAUGCCGAGCUACCAGCACAUUAUCAGUCGAGAAGAGCAAUUGUGAGAAACAGUUCGCAGCCACCACCACCAGAGACACCGACGGUCGAUUCAUCGUGCAGCUACCGAAGCGAGAGGAGAAGCUGGCUCUUCUUGGGGAUUCGAAAGGGAUAGCUACACGCCGGUUCCUUGCCUUGGAACGUCGGCUAUCCUCGAAUGCCUCAUUGAAGACAGCUUACACACAGUUCAUCGAGGAGUACGCAGAACUUCAGCACAUGACAGAAGUAGCCGAGAGCGAUGCUACAACUUCCUCACCAUCAUACUAUCUUCACUGCAUCGUGCGACCAGAUAGUACCAUCACUAAACUCCGAGUGGUGUUCGACGCUUCGUGUGCAACAGACACCGGAACAUCUUUAAACGAUGCACUGAUGAUCCGACCCACUAUCCAAGACGACCUGAUGUCCAUUCUAUUGUGGUUUAGAAUGUCAAAAUUUGCCCUGGUAGCAGACAUCGAGAAGAUGUACCGGCAAAUCAACAUAGCUGCCAUUGAUCGUCCGCUGCAACGAAUCCUGUGGCGAAAUUCUCCAAUCGGGCCGAUACGGACGUUCCAGCUCAACACCGUCACCCACGGCACAUCAUGUGCUCCGUAUUUGGCCACCAAAACCCUGCAAGUGCUAUCUCAGGUCGGAGCUAGCACCCAUCGCGAAGCGGCAACCAUCCUCGGACGAGACUUCUACAUGGACGACAUACUGACUGGCGUAAACAGCAUUCCCGAGGGUCAACGAGUAUGUCAGCAACUCAUCGAUCUCCUGGGUUCUGGUGGAUUCUGCUUGCGGAAAUGGGCCACCAACAACAGGCAGAUCUUCGAACAUCUGUCCCAGCAUCUGCAAGAUGAAAGGACAAUUCUCAACUUGGAUGCAAAGUCACCGAUCAUCAAGACACUCGGACUGAAGUGGAACGUUUCCACCGACGCCUUUGUGUUCAACAUCCCACGCUGGAAAGCAGAUAACAUCAUCAACAUCAAAAGAAACGCGCUUUCGGAUGUGGCAAAACUGUUCGACCCAAUCAGACUGGUUGAACCAGUUAUCAUCCAAGCCAAGCUGUUUCUUCAAGAGCUGUGCAGAUGUCAGAUCGCCUGGGACGAGCCGUUGACACCAGCACUACAAAACCGAUGGCUCCUGUUUCGCGAGAAGUUGAGUGAAGAAAAUCUCUUCGAUUAUGGUGCCUGCGAUAAGACGAACACCGUGGACGAUAUGGACGGUGCUGUGCGACGGUUGCGCGAAGUGGUACCGUAA